AUGUCCACCACAAGUACACUUAUCUAUCGAUCAACACUACCCAUCCUCCGUCGACGUUCACGUUCUGUCGAUGUUCUCUCCAGCACCACAGAACGCCCAUUUUUCAGCAGUUCCAAUUCACAAGGGGGAGCGAGUACACCACCAGGAGCAUCCGCGAGUCCAUCAGGAGCCACAGCUGCAGUUCCAACGAGUUAUGCCUACAUUUCGGAUAUGUUCAAGAGUUUUGUGUCGAAAGUAGAGAAUCCACUGAACUAUUUGAGCGUCGGAACAUCGAAAGCGAUAGCCAAGGAAACUGUUAAAGUGGAAUCAAAGACACAAAUCAUUCAAAAAUCCAACGAAAAUCGUGUAUCCCGAUCAGAAGUGACUGCCAAGACACGAGCUCUUGUCAAGAAAAUCCUGAUAUCCGAAACCGCGACGUCUCGAUUGACACGAGUUCGAGACCUCUCCGAACACAUUAUGGCAUUCCCACCGACACGGAUUGUUGCCGCUCAGGAGCAACGUCUGGUUGCCGAGCUGUUGGAAAUGGUGAUAUACGGAACGAGUGAUCAGUUGAAAGAAGAAGCGAGACAGUGUCUCACACUUAUUGGAGUUCAGCCACCACCCAAAGGAAGAGGAGUCAAUGUUUUGUCGAUCGAUGGAGGUGGAACACGUGGAAUGAUGGGACUUGAGGUUUUGGAAAAAAUUGAGAAGUUGUCUGGAAAAAAGAUCUGUGAAAUCUUCGACAUGAUCUGCGGAGUCUCAACUGGAAGCAUCAUUGCCGCCUUGCUCACAGUCAAAGGUUAUUCCGUGGCAGAGUGUCGAGAAGCUUAUAUGGACGUUUCGAAGAAGCUUUUCACACAAGGAAAAUUCCAAGGAGGAAUGGGACUGAUUCUGCAGCACUCGUACUACAACACAAAUCUAUGGGUCAGCAUUCUGAAGAAAAUGAUUGGAGAGGAAGUGACCAUGAUCAAUACUUCGAAAAAAUUGCAUACUCCACGAUUGGCCAUUAUUUCUUCUAUCGUUAAUUUACCUACGAUACAGCCUUACGUCUUCCGAAACUACGACCAUCCAGCUGGACGUGAUUCUCACUAUCGAGGUGGCACCGAUCACUGCCUCUGGACUGCAAUUCAAGCAUCUGCGGCGGCUCCUCUCUAUUUCUCAGAAGUCAAGUUAGACAAUCUUCUGCUUCAAGACGGAGGAGUCUAUGCGAACAACCCAACUGCCAUUGCCUAUCACGAAACUAAACUCCUGUGGCCGAAUGAGCCAAUAAAUUGUGUGGUGUCGGUGGGAAAUGGACGGACUGUGACGUCUGUGGAGCCAACACCUACCGUAUUCUCCACAUCAUUCCAAGACAAACUUCUCCGAAUUAUUGACAGUGCUACUGACACAGAAGGAGUUCAUAUGAAUGUACACGAUAUGCUUCCAGAAUCCGUCUAUUAUCGUUUCAACCCAUACAUGACUUACGCUUAUGGACUUGAUGAAAUCGACCAGGAGAGACUGGAACAGAUGGCUAGUGAUGCUGCAUUUUAUGUGAGACGAAAUUCCAGUAAAUUGGAAUCGGCUACGGAGAGAUUGUGUCUGAGACCCAAUGUUCAACAACGCGUUCAUCGUAGUGUAAAGGAGUGGAUGGAUCUCAAAGGGUUCUAUAAACCAGCCUAA